AUGGAGCGCGCGCGCACGGGCGUGACGCUCAUCGGCGAGCGGACGCUGCACCACUGGGCGGACAGCGGCCGACCCGACGUACUGGCGCAGUUGACGCGCGCUUUGAGCGAUUUCUCGGGCCACGAGGCGGACUCCGACCUGCCGCGGCUGCUGUACGAGCUCGUGUGGAUCGUGCUGCACGCCAAACUGACCAAGCACGAGGUGCUGGGGCUGCUGAAGGAGGCGGAGCUGACGAAGAGAGCCACGGCCUGCGACCUGCUGACGGACCUGCUGUGGGUCAUCGGCAACGAGGUGGAGGCCAGCGAGCGCGGCCAUGAGCGCCACACGUCCAAGGAGUGGCGCAGCCUCUGCGCGAUCGUGAAGGCCGUGGCGGACGAGAAGCUGCUGACGCUCACGCACCUCAAGGGCGCGCUUGAGUUCGACCUUCUGCACGACGCCGAGCUGACGCCGGAACCGCAGCUGCUGGUCAAGAAGAUGGUGCGCAUCAACACCAAGACGCUCUACACGCAGACCAAGUACAACCUGCUGCGCGAGGAGACGGAGGGCUUCUCCAAGGUGCUGUGUCUGCUGCACACGGGCGUGGCCAAGAGCCAGAUGGAGGCCACGCGCACCGACCUGAUGGCGCUCAUCGGCUUCUUCGACCUCGACGCCAACCGCGUCCUGGACCUCGUGCUGGACGCCUACGAGAUGCACCCGAGGAACGACUGCUUCGCCCAACUGCUCGAGAUCUUCAAGCGCGAGAGCCUGCCCCACGUCAUGGGCUUCAAGUUCCAGUUCUACAAGCGCGACCCGCCUGCUGUUGAAGGUGUUACGACGCCACGCUCUCUGUAUCGUCUCGCUGCGACGCUGCUGAACAAGGGUCUCAUUGAGUUGGACGCUCUGCUGCCACACUUGGCUCCGUCCCGUGAAGAGAUCGUGAAAGCUGCUGCGGAGCAUGAAAAGGAGCUGAUCAAGAAGGCAGGCUCCUUCGGCCAGAUCAGCCUCGCUGCCAAGAAGGAUGCUGACAAGGCUGGAGGCGAGGACGAGGCUGCAGCGGAAGAGAAGCGCAAGAAGGAGGUGGAGCACAACCAGGUCUACGGCUUGAUCAUUGGACUUCUCGAGAUUGGCGCGCGCGACCGCGCGUUCGAGAUGAUUUCUUGGUUCCAGAAGCGAGGUGUGAAUCCUCUUACGUUCACGCCGCUGACCUCGGAGCUCUGCGCCGUGGUAAAUGUGAUGAUCGAAGAAGUAUUCGUGGUGCUGUCAUCGCGCAGUCUGCAGCUUAUCGAUGGCAGAAGCGCUGGAACUAAGGCACCUUUUGGUGUCUCGACGAAGGCAACACCUCAAGCGAGCACCAGCAACCACUACAUCCGUCGCGUGAGUAGUCUUGAAGAAUGUGUGACGGAGGUAUUCCCUAUUGUGGAGAUGAUUGGGCCGCAACUGUACCACGACCAAUUUCUUUUUGUGAAGUUGCUGCGGAUCGUUGGGAAGUUGGUUGACGAGCACUCCAAGAAGGCCAGCGCUUCUGCAGACAAGGACGACAAGGAUGCUGCGCUUCUAGGCAAGGUGAAGUCCCUGUUGGUGAACGCGUUCCUGCCGGCAACGUCUCUGCAGAAGUGCAACCCAAGCACGGCGUUCUUGAUGUGGGACCUGAUUAAGGGCUUGCCGUGUGACGAGCGAUACCGAAUGUACCUGCACUGGCUCGAAGCUUAUGACAAGUAUCCGGAGUUACGACUGAAGGAGGCCGAGGUGGUUCAGGGCACUCGUGGUAUUAUGCGACGGCUUACGGCUGACCGAGCUAAACUAUCGGCUCGCAGCCUGACUCACGUGGCGCAUUCGAAUCCUCUGAUUGUGUUCCGCACGAUGCUGCGUCAGAUCCAGUCGUACGACAACCUGAUCCAGCCCGUGGUGGAGUCAUUCAAGUUUGUUACGCCGCUGGGAAUGGAUGUGCUGUCUUUCGUUCUCGUCAGUGAACUGUCGAGACCGCAGAAGUCGAUGAAGUCGGACGGCACCCACGUUUCGCUCUGGCUGACGUCGCUUGCAAACUUUUCCGGUAGCUUUUAUCGCAAGUAUCCGAACGUGGAAUUGGCGGGUCUUCUCCAGUAUCUCAUCCAGCGCCUUCAGAACUGGGCGUCUGUGGAUCUGAUCGUACUGAGUGAACUGCUGACUAAGAUGGGAUCGUGUCUGAGUUUGGAAGAUAUCUCGGUGAGUCAGUUAGAAGCUCAGGCUGGCGGUCCGCACCUUUGGUACGAGCCGACGGACCCGAAGUUCCAGAACCGGCGUGCCAUCCCGCGACUGCGCGAUGCUCUGAUCAAGCGGGAUCUGGCGCUGCCAUUGUGUAUUCUCAUUUGCCAGAUGCGCAGUCGCAUUGAGUAUCAUGAGGACAGGGAGCUCCCACACCUGAAGCUCCUCGGGCGGGUGUAUGAUACCUGCCAACUCACUCUCAGCCAGCUUCUGCAGUUUCUUGGCGGCGUGGUUGACCCACUGGUAUACCGGAAGAUGCUUCCCUCAAUUACGACAUUAGUACACGAGUACAAUGUACCUGCCGAGCAGGCAAUGGCUCUUUGCCGUCCGGCAAUGCGAAGUGAUGACCCAGUGCUGCAAACCGCGCCGCGAGGUGUCCACGCGACUGGCGGUACGAACACGGCUAGCAAUGGAGUUUCUACUAAUGGAUCCGCAGCGAACGGUAAGUCCACCGGAGAAAAGAGCUGGUUCAUGUACAACCCCGAAUUCCUGAAGGAUAUCCAGAACGCGCUUCGUACCGAUAAUGGAGCCGAUGCCAAGCCUGAAGACCCGUUUGUAGGCUUAACGCCGGAGCUGUACGCGACGUUCUGGGGUUUGAAGCUCUACGAUAUCCAUAUCCCGUUCCAGCAGUACGAGUCGGAGAUUCUGCGUCUGCGUAACUCGGUCACUUCGGGUGCGAACGCUUCGUUAAGCGCGAGUGAGCGGAAGAAACUGAAGGAGAAAACUACGCAGAUGAUCGAUGUGCUGACUACAGAGCAGAAGGACCAGGUGGCUCAUCGGAAACGAGUGUACGAGCGGUUGGAGGAGAUGAAGGACAAGUUCUUCAAGAUGGAACCGAAGGAUCACCAGACAGCGAUCGACGAGCUGCUGCAGAAGUGUGUCAUCCCUCGCUCGCUGAUAUCUCCUGAGGACGCUUUGUUCGCCGCUAAGUUCAUGGAACGUUUGCACACGUUUUCGACUCCGCAGCUCAGUACUCUCCAGUACAUCCACAAGGUGAACAUGAAGGUGUCGGCGAUCGUGUUGUGCGCGACGGAGCGAGAGGCGAGCAACUUCGGCAUUUUCAUGAAAGAAACGCUGGGAAUUACCUUGCGCUGGUACCAGAAUGGCGCGACGUACGACGACGAAGCUAUCCACGGCAAGAUCGGCAUGAGCCUCGACUUGACAGACGACAAGAAAUGUCUCGCGCACCGACAAUUCAAGUCGGCGUAUGCUAAUUGGCAUAAACAGUUGGAGCGGGUGUACACUACGGCACUGUCGAGUGGCGAGUACAUGCCUAUCCGCAAUACGCUUGUGGUGCUCACAAAGCUGAUUGAUGUGUUCCCUGCGGGUCGUGGGACUGCUGGAGUGAUUUUGGGUAUUGUGGAGAAGCUUACGAACGAGGACCGAGAAGACAUCAAAAUCAUGGCCAAGCGAUAUUUCGCUCUUCUGACGAAGCGGAAGGCAUCUCUCAUCGAUGACAGGCUCUUGCGCACACGCAGCGCUCCAGCAAAGUCACCCACUGCUGGGUCGUCCAGUAACGAGAAGAAGGAUACGACGGAUGCUGCCGACGAAGAAAGCAAGAGCCGCAACGAGGACGGCAAGAGUAACGACGCCAAACGCGAAACUUCAAGUAAGCCAGUGCUGAGCCGUGUCGAGAGCCAAGAACUUGAGAGCGGCGAGAUCGUCAUGGGGAAGACCAACAGUAACAACGACAGCACACCGGCACGGAAUAAGCAACUAGACUCGAUCCUCCUCACGACCGUCGGAAUCGUGGAGAGCGUGGAGAGCCUGAAGAACGCCGAGACAGCUCAGCCGAUGCUCCUCGUGAUCGUCGUUUGGGCGAAGAAAGACGUGGUCGUCGGGAGCACCGAGACCGCGAGGCGUCUCCUUCGGCCACCAAGGCUGCCGGACGGAGCAAUUCAGCCAACAGCCGAGCGAAUGAGGCGCGUGAUACUCGUGAGCGCAGUGGGUCGGCUUCCCGGAAACACGAGAGAUCGCCAGCCCCACGACGCAGUCGCUCUGGAGACCGCGCUGACGACCGUGGCAACAAUAGUGACAGCCGCCGAUCUUCUCGUGAACGGGGACGCGAGAGAGGGCAGGCUAACCGAGGUGGACGAGAGAAACCGCGGUUCAAUGCACGGGCGCGAGGACGGCGAGUCGGAUAACGCAUCCAGGAAACCGGAGGUCUCCAAGCCUAGUCCUGCUCGGAACGAGGAGUCUGUAAAGCCGACUUCUUCACCGAAGCCUGAUCGCGAGUCUGAACCCGCGAAGCCGAACCGGGGGAUGAAGGCAGAGCGCGAGGCCGUGAAAACCGAGUCGCCUGCUCCGGAAGUUGGGCGUAAGAGGGCGCGACCGGCGGAGCAAUCGGAAGCUGCGCUGCGUCGCCAGCUCACCGCUGAGAAGGAGGCCAAGGCGAAGGAGCAGCAGGCAGGAGAUCGCUCACGGCCAGUGGCUCGUGACCGCAUGCGACCUCCUCUUCCGUCGGCAGCGGCGGCAUCCCCCGCCGGGAAGGCGUCACCUACGGGCGCCGGAACUCCGACUGGGGGCGCACGGAAGAUCGUAUCGCUGGUGUCCUCGUCUCGCAAGCGUGAGCGUGAGCCAGCGACCGACAGCGAUCCGCCCACUAACAGCGCACCAGAAGGCAAGCGACGUCGAGAUGGCGGCGGCGGUGGAGGCGGCAACGGUAAUGGCAAUGGCAAUGGAGGCAACGGCGGGGGUGAGCCCAAGCGCGGUGGACACGAUGACAAGCGCAAGCGCAAGAACAGAGGCGGAGGCGGAGGCGGCGGUGGCGGCGAUGGCAACAACGGCAACCAGCAGCAGCGCGACCAAAUGCGUGGACGCCAAGACCGCGGUGGCCGCAACGGCAACAGCGACCGGCGCGGGGGCCAUGACGAGCGUGGCGGCAACGGUGGCAACGGCGGCGGCCGUCGACGCGAUCGCAACGACAACCGUGGAGGUCGCCGGUAGACUUGACUAAGGCUGUAGAUACCACCUGGACGAGCAGCGACAGAGGUGGCCGUAUUCAUCAAUCAAUGGCAGUAGGCAAUGAGAACUGAGUAGAUAAGCGACACAACAACAUCAGCAGCAACAAGAAGCAACAGCUUC